AUGAAAAAUAGUGAGAAUCUCUAGAGUUAUGCAGUAGAAAAAAGAAUCGGCGAAGGUGCAUUUGCUAUAGUGUAAACCAAUAUGAUAUCCUAUGAAAAGUUAUUUAGCCUCCGUCUAAGAGAGCGGAGAGAGAGUUGCAAUAAAGAAAGCUCCCAUUGAUAAGAAAUAUAAAAACAGAGAACUGGCAAACUUAAAAUUGCUGGGAGAACAUCCAAACAUUGUUGCUUUGAAAGAUGCAUUCUAUGUUGUUGGUUAAAAGUAAAAAUUAUAUAAAAUAAUCAACUUAGUGAAGAAGUCUAUAUUAAUUAUGUAAUGGAAUACAUGCCAGAUAAUUUAUCCGACUAUUUGAGGAAUCUAAAGAAACAGAAGCAAUAAUUGACUCAGAUAUAGUUACAAAUCAUCACCUAUCAAUUACUACGAGGCCUCGCCUUCAUUCAUGGAAAAGGAAUGGCUCAUCGAGACAUUAAGCCUCAAAACAUCUUAAUCGAUGGGACAACUGUCAAAUAUUGUGACUUUGGGUCUGCCAAAAUCAUUUCAGGAGGAUAAAUUAAUACUUCCUAUUUAUGUUCCAGACAUUACAGGGCCCCUGAAUUGAUAUUUGGAGCCACUGAUUACUCUACAAGCAUUGACAUUUGGUCGUUAGGAUGUGUCUUUGCAGAACUCAUCCUAUUAGAACCUCUCUUCCCCGGAGAAAGUUCCGUAGAUCAAUUAGUUGAAAUUAUGAAGGUCCUUGGGACUCCCACUGCUGCCGAUAUAGUAGAAUUCAAUGUUUCUAAUACAGAUUUUAAAUUUCCUCAAGUCAAAGGACAUCCUUGGUCUAAAGUCUUUUUAAAAUAUAAACCAGAUCCCUAAUUCAUUGAUUUGAUUAAGAAGAUGGUUACGUAAUUCUUUUCUGUAAUCCUAGUUAUUAACCUCAACAGAGAAUCAAACCAUUUAUGGCCUUGAUGCAUCCCUUCUUUAAUGAUCUCAGAGAAUUAAAAAACGAAGAAGUCCCAAACAAAUUAUGGCAAUUCACUCCUGAGGAAGAGAACAUAUUCGGAAAACAACCAUUAAAACAUUUGAUGCCCUCAUGGUGGAAAGGUGGAAGAUGA